CACUAACAUGAAGACAUCAAACUAUCUCUCUUUAAAUCUCAAGAAACAAGAACAAGAACAAUUGUAGACUACUAGUCUUUACCAAGAAUAAUAUAUCAACAUACAUAGUACUCUUCUUGGAAGGCAAGGAACAUGAAUCAAGAAGCUGCGAGUAACCUUGAACUUGAUCUGAAACUAAAUAUUUCACCAUCGUUGGAUUCAUCUUUGCUCACUGAGAGUUCAUCGUCAUCGUUAUGCUCGGAGGAAGCUGAGGGUGGAGGAGGAGAAGCUAAAUCAAUGGUGGUCGUUGGUUGCCCUAAUUGCAUCAUGUACAUCAUCAUCUCUUUAGAAAGUGACCCUAGAUGCCCUAGAUGCAACAGCCAUGUUUUGCUUGAUUUUCUCACAGGAAACCAUAGCAAGAAGAACACUAAUUAAGAAAAAAAACAAAACAAAACAAAUUAAGAAUGUUCUUUUCCUUUCUUUCUUUUUUUAAAAAAAAAUUUGUUGCCACAUUUAUUGAUAGUUUGAAUUAAUCUACGAUGAACGGAUAUGUUCAUAAAUUGAAAUAUA